AGUGCUUGCGCCUCUUACCGCGUGCAGCAAUUCUUGCUUGCGUGCCGGUACAUUUCUAAAGAAUGAACUAGUGCGCGUUCCCGUGCAGUGCAACUCGGACAAUUCAGUUGUCCACGGCCAGAAUGUCCAGUGCUGGACCGAAGAAUGAAGGCAGGCAGAUAGAAAGAGACAAAGCACUGGUGGAGAGACGAAAGGCAUCGGCCAAGAUGUUGGUCAGCAUGUUCCCAAAGAUUCCCAAGACUGCUACAGUGCUACUAGAGUUCUUCAUAAAGCGCGAGAGCAACACCUCCUUGCAGCGCGACCCCCUGGCUCACUUCUGCCAGGAGGAAGUAGUGCUACACGCCCAGGAGUGCCUGCGCAAGCUCAACAAGCAGGUCAUCCAUUACCAGCAUGUACGCGACAUGAUCGAGAACCUUCAUGCCCUGCACAUAAUGUGCACAAAAAAGAACCCGGAUAAUGCGAAAGCACUGGGCCACACUAUCCGCAAGUUGACUAUUAUCAUCGGCGAAGUGGCCACGUCCCUGGAGAAGAUCGCUGAAGUAUCUGUUACAGACUGGAUAGGAAUCGGUGAUGCUAUAGUGAACAAAUUGGAAAGGAUAUCAUUUCCCGAACAGCCUCCGUUAUCGGCGUUUAUACCGAAGAUUGGAGAGUUUGAGAGCCUGAAGUUGUUGGGAGCUGGCGGCUUUGGUGCGGUGUACUUGGCGAGGUUCAAGCCUGGUGAUUUCACGUAUACCGUGAAACUGGUGGCUACGGACCGGUUUAGCAAGUACAAGCAGGCGGCCAUGGACAAGGUGGUGGCGUCAGUUAUCAGGAACCCGUUUCUGGUCAAGUACUACUGCUGCUUUUGCGUGGAGGAGGCCUAUGUUACCAUCAUGGAGCACAUUCCUGGCGUGGACCUUAUGCGCGUGGUAACUAAGGAACGUUUCUUAGAAAUCGACGCCGUCCAGAUCAUAAUGGCCCAGCUCAUCUUGGCCCUGGAGCAUUUGCACCUGCGAGGAUUUCUACAUCGAGAUAUCAAGGUUUCCAACAUGCUCAUCAUACCUGGAGGCCGUGUGAAAGUUAUCGACUUCGACACCACGAAGAUAUGCAACGCUCACUUUUCAAAGAGGCCGUUGCGGGGCUACUUCAGACGAACCUCGUUCGAGUUCAACGACGGUGAGUCUGCAGGAACGAUCCCUUACAUGGCUCCGGAAAUACUCAAGCGAAGACCUUACGGGCGUGCUGUAGACUGGUGGUCUUCUGGGAUUGUCAUGUAUAAAUUGAUGACCGGCCGCGUCCCAUUCCGAGGGAAGACUAAGCAAACCCUCCGUAACAAUAUCGUCUCUUCUCCGCUCAAGUGGCCCCGACGCGACGAACAUCCGCACUCUGCUACCACACCUGCCAAGGAUAUGGCAUACAGGAUGCUUAAGAAGAAUCCGGUCCAGCGCCUGGGAUCCAAGAGCUACAGCGACCUCAAGACACAUCAGUUCUUUGACGGCUUCGACUGGAAUCAGUUGUACAGGAGGAAUGAUUUGUGUGACAUUCCCUCCAUCCAGGAACUGAUGAAGGAAGACGCUGAUCGCGACCUAACAAUAAAUCCCGACUCUGACGACAAACGUGAGCAUCAGCAGAUCGAGGAAAUGACCGACAUCAGCGGCGACAGUCAGAAGCCACUGCUAUGCUUUGUUUCUCCGUCUUUCAAGAAACUCAUGACCAUGGUGAAGGUGUACGGGACGCAAGUCAGUGCCUCUAACACAUUCAUCGAGACGAGCAGUGAAGGGUCCUCCGAAGUCGACUACAAUUUUCCCAAGCCAGGUUACUCUGCCAAGACUAGUGCGCAUGGACACAGCGCCCACUAACCACAAGCUAUUGUUUCCUGGGGACAUCGUGACGAAAGCGGACGGGACGUCUACAGUGACAGCAUCCAGAACGUCCUUCAGGUCAUUCACCUAGAGAAGAAUCUCACUCUCAACAUCAUUCCUAUAUCCCCACUCUGGCAGAACCGCAUCCUCCUUAGUAAGCUGCGGGAGACAGCAUUGUCUGAUGCUCUUCUCCCCAGCAAGUCUACUCCCGCUGAAAUUGAAAAGGAGCUUGAAGAAAUGAGUCAAAAAUAGUACACAAACAAUGAACACGUAAUUAUGAACUAUUAAGAAAUUAAAUGAUUCCGUCUCACUAAUAUCGAGCUGAAUAUAUGUGGAACUAUGAAAGUGCGAGUAGUACCGAAAUCUGAACUAGAAUUGAUUGUGAACUUGCACGUGGACAAGAGUUUGCUAACGAUGGCAGUAAUUUGCGGUGCUGUUUAUCAAAAGAUUUGUAUUGGUGUAUGGACAUUGCAGCGAAUAGCGACGGUGUAACCCACUGAUCUCGAUUGUAAAAGGCUGGAUCGCGGAUAGGGAGCGCGAGCGUGAAGAAACCGGCCGCCAUCUUACUGUACCCACAACAGUCUCCGCAGCGAUCAUGGCAACUUCUUGCAAUUACGGUCGUACCAACCGUACUGGCAAGGUUACAGGGCCUAAAUUUAUACAGGUUCGUCAUGAGGGCUACCCAGUGAAUAAUCUGUGCAGUGUGAUACGGCUGGGUGUACAGGUUACUUCACAGCUGCCUCGACAUACUCAAGAAAUGGGUGCAGAACCUGCGUAAUGCCCACAAACUUUGACUACCACAGCACCUCCAGAAAGUAAAGGCAUAUGUGUCACAUGGGAUUUUUAAAGACAUUCACAGUAUAUAAUACCUUGUAUGAACUGUUGUAGAUCUAAGCAGCCUCUACAGUACACUCUCAGAAAUUAAAACUUGUCACGGAAC